GUUGGAGCCUGAGCCCGAGCCUGCCUCGAGCAGGGCGGCACACCGCUCGGGCAGGACGCAGUGUGGGGAGUGCCGGCGGGACGCGACACUGUUGUGCAGGACGGCGGCCACGGCGGCCGACGACGCUCUUCCCUUUCGUCGGGACCGCGGCAGCAGUGCAGCUGGCCGAGCUGCCCGCGGGGUCAAUCAAGCUGCGGGCUGGUGUAUUGUAGGGCAGUGCGGGCGCAACAGCCGCGGCGUCAGCGGCGUCAGCGGCGUCAGCCUCGCCCGCCCGUUCAGCAGUCUGGCGGUCAGCUUGCGAUAAACACUCGUGUGUGUGUGUGCGUGCGUGCGUCUGUGUGUGCGGGUGCAGCGCUUGCGCGCGCCCCGAAGCAUCUCAUCUUCAUCUCAUUGGCGUUGGCGUCGUGCAGCGCACCAGGCUCCAUGGGCAGCUCGGUCUCGGCGCGCCGGCGGCCGGCCAGCAGGUCCAGCAGGGACGGCGCCCAACAACACCACGCCGACGGCCAUGGCGGCGUCGAGAACAGCAUCGGCCGCCCUGAGCACGCGGAGCCGGAGGAACCAGAGGAGUCGGGGUCCCGCGUGCAGCUGGUGCACCUGCCCCCCGAGCUGCUGCUGCGCGUGCUGGGCUACCUGGACGUGGCCUCGCUGUGCGCCGCGGGCCGCGCGCUCGACGGCCACCCCGCGCUGGCAGGGGUGCUGGCGGACGCCUCGCUGUGGCGCGGCGCGACCCUGGCGCUCCACUCGGCGACCUGGCCCGCGCACCCGCCGGCCGCCCUGCACGGCCUGCGCGUGUGCAGCUACCACUGGCACUCCGCGCAGCACGCGCUCCGCCAGCUGGCCUGGCUGGCCUCCAACCUGGACGCCUCGAGCGUGCGCCGCCUCGAGCUGGUGGGCCGCAACCUGGACCGGGCCACGGUGCGCGCCUGCGUGCGCCUGUGCGCCGGGCUGCGCGUGCUCAGCCUGCACGACGUGGGCGUCGAGGACGGCUGGAUCAAGGACCUGGCCACCCUCAAGAACCUCGAGGCCCUGCACUUCGACUGGCACUCGGAGAUGAGCGUUCCGCAGAUUCUGCGCCUCGCCUCGUCCUGCCCGUCCCUCCGACUCAUCGACUCCGGGGGCUGCCCGAAGGACUGCGCCGCGGGCCGCACCCGGGCCGCCGCCAAACGCGCCCUGCACUUGCUGAACGCCGACCUGACCGUUGCGUGACGAGGAGCUGAUAGCGGUGACAGCCCAAAUGUUGAAAGGGGCUCGUGACGGGUGCGGGUGAUAGGCUCGGAACCGUAUUGCGCUGUAUGUUUCUCAGAUAGAAACACUAGACUAUUUUUCCUGUUACAUAAAAGUGUUCAAAAAAACAGUACUGUGCUCUGCUCUUGGCUGGCAUGGUUGCUAGAGAUCUCAUUCACUGACAGAGUACAAAAAGUAUAUUAGCCAGUCGCUCCAUUCUCGAAUUGUGAACGAAUUUUCGAGGAUGUGCUUUUUAAUCAUUUGUUACGUUUUCACACGACGAAUAAGUAGUUGUAUUAAUUUUAUCAUAAUACGUUUCUAAUUUUACAAUAAAAUACUUUGUUUUUGAAA